UGUGAGAAGACAUGCAACUGUCCUAAUCGAUGCGCUCGCAAGUUCCAGGGUUGCAGCUGCGCGCAUGACAAGAAGUCGAAGAGCGCAUUAGCUGACCUAGUCUGUUUCGAGGAUGAUCGAUGCCUUUGCUUUCAGCUCGGCCGCGAGUGCGAUCCGGAUUUAUGCGGUUCGUGCGGCGUGACUGAAGUGCUGGACCCUGUGUACCGCUACAACAAGGCUGUUCAGAAGACACGCUGCUGCAAUGCCAGCAUACAGCGAGGCGUGCCAAAGCGCACCCUGCUUGGCGACAGCGGGGUCCACGGUCUCGGCCUGUACGCGGGCGAGGACAUCAAAGAGCAUGAGUUUGUUGGUGAAUACAAAGGCGAAGUGAUCACGCGGGAAGAAGCCGAACGCCGCGGAGCCGUCUACCACCACCAAAACCUGUCCUACCUCUUCUCCCUCAACGCCACGCAAGAGAUCGACAGCACAUACUUUGGCAACAAGAUCCGCUUCAUCAACCAUGCACGAUAUGGCAAGCAGAAUCUCUACCCGCGCAUCUUCUUUGUCAAUACGGUCCACCGCAUCGCGCUUUUCGCGGCGAAGGAUAUCAGCAGCGGCCAGGAACUGCUGUUCGAUUAC